AUGACGAAUUGUUUAAAUUUAAUAACUCGUUACGGCUCAUUACGGGUCUGGAUGGUGCAUCUGGUGCUGGGCUCUUUGGUCGCCCUUGAUUAUUACACUGUUGCUGGCGUUACAGUGGACGUAUUUCCGCUUCCGCCAUCGACGGAACCAAUCGCAUCGCAACGGUACUACCGCCAGCAUCCGAUCCCUCACUAUCAGGAAAACAGUAGGGCGGUGAAGAUGAAGAGUCACAUCAAACACAUUCUGAAUAUCAACGAAGAAAAUAGCACUCUCGACGGCUACUUGCUCUCGCUGUUGAACACGGAAAAUCUUAAUCCCACGUACGUCUUUCUCCUGCCAAUGGAGGGCAAGAACAACGUCCGUAAACUGAUAUACCAGCGCAGUGACUUCGAGGAAGCGGAGUUUCCGAACGUUACCACCGUGAACAAAUUCACCGCGAGGCCCAACCCAACAGCGCCAACUCCAAAACCCGGCAGCGAUAUGGUGCUGGAAAAGAAGAUCUUCGAGUACGACAAGGACAUCAUGGACGAGGGUACACUGAGAGUGUUGGAGGAGAACGUGCGUACCGAACGGAACUUUAUCAAGUUCAUGGACGAUCUGAACCGCGACUUGGACGAAGAAGAGAGCCGCCGGGUGUUGAAGGAUAGUUUACGUAAAUCUUCGUCCUCUUCGUGGCCCGGGUCGACCGCUCUGUUCACGCCGUAUACGAAUAAAAACACACAAACCGUAGACUGGGACGAUCUGGGUCUUGAAGGAUGGGUCGGCGGAUUGCGUGAGCUACAGCACCAUCGUUUCGAGCCUCCUGUGUUGGAGAAGCCAAAAACGGAUCCCAGUCUAGCUCACCCGGGACAAACAUCACUGCAGACAAGCUUUCAACCGGGCCAGCAAGUGCCGCCCCGUGCGACUUCCCUUGGGAAAACGGUCGUCAAUCAGACGGCGUCAGCCACUCGGUACAAGCAGACGGGCGUCCUGCUGAGCGAAGCAGUCGGUGCAAAGCUGGAGGAGAUAUACAAACGCACCAACAGCAGUAAUGCUCGCAUCAAGUGGCCCAUCACCAACAGUCGCGACGCACACCGGGACGAGGAUGUGUUCAUUGCCCGGGCCAACAAUCCUUUUGGCCACUCAACAAAGUGGCGCUGGAGCAACGAAUCGGAACUAGAGGAUCCUUUGAAAGCCGAAAGGCAGCCGUCGCGUGAUGGACGAUCGAAGCGCGGAGUCUACAACUUAUAUUCGAUGAUUAAGUGCGCGACAGGAUGCGAUCCCAUUAUUUACAAAGGCUACGGCUGUUACUGUGGCUUCCUGGGCUCGGGUCAAGCUCUGGAUGGUAUCGAUCGGUGCUGUAAGAUGCACGACUACUGCUACAGUACCGCCAACUGUCCCAUGUUUCUCGAGUACUUCGUCCCGUAUCUCUGGAAGUGCUAUCGUGGUCGUCCAUUGUGUGCAAUCGAUCACGGCGAAUGGGGCGGGCCUGGUUCCUGUGCUUCCCGAUUGUGCCAUUGCGACUUGUCGCUAUCGAAGUGCUUGCGACGAUAUUACUGUCCGCGUAAACGAAACGUGUGCACAACUUCACCAUUGCGGUUGCUACAGAAUCUCGUUAUGGUGUUUUAG